UUUUUUUUUUUUUUUCCAAAUGCUUAUUAUCAAGUGAAUUGUAGUAAUUAGACUCCUGCACGUUCAUAUCAUAACCAGACGAUGGCAGCACAGUCUUUCUGGUUAAGCUUAGUUAUCUGUUCACUGCCACUCCGUUCACUCCACAUGGAAACCUGGUGGAAAAUUGUCUUUCUACACAUACACAUACAUUGUUUUUGAAAGAUUAUUGGAAUAUGUUUUACAAGAAAGUUCUAUUUCAGUCUUGCUACUUCCAAAUUUACAAUCGUUUCUUUGAAAUUAGUUGUAAAAUGUACUAGUGAGAAUUGUUUCUACACCGUUUUUUCUGUGUAAUAUCAGUGACCCUUUUUUUUGUAUCAGUCUUUACUAUUGAAAUGAAUCUGCAACUACGAUUGUUUAUUGCCAUGGAAACUGUUUUAAACGUAUUUGUUUGCUCAUUUCAGGGGCUUAGAAGCUCAUCCUUGUCACCACCUGUUAGACUUUCAGCAGCAGGUCUCAGUCCCAGGUCGGUUUCAUUUUCUCCAUCGCCCAGACCAGCAUCGCAACCCGCUUCUGUUCGGCCGCCGGUGGGACAGACCGCCCAGCUAGACAGGGGUCACAAGCCGCCCACUCCCUGGGAAGCUGCCUCACGCCACCCACUGGGGCUCGUGGAUGAAGCUUUUACAUUUCUGGACAUUCAGCAGUCUAUUGCCUCCAACCUGCGCUAUGCCGCUCAGAGUAAGCUCUUACCCGAGCCCCCGUCUGAGUGGAAGGCAAAGGUUGCAUAUGAACCUCCACCGAAAAACCAAAAAGACAGUUUGAGUCAAUCACCUUUGACUUUUCUGUCCCCAACCAAGAGCACAGCGUCUGCACCAGCUGGUCCUGUCCCAUAUGGGUCACCCUUUAGACAGUAUCAACCCCAAAGGUCAAUGACAGAAGCUAAUCUUGGGCCUUCACAGGUGAUCCGAGGGAAAUGGGGCCUCAUAGAUUGAGACUCUAUAAAGCCAAAGAUAGCAGUUCUUGGAGACGUUAAAGGAAAGCCUUUUUAUGCAGGUCGCUGCAUAAAAAUUUGCUGAAAGUGAGUAAAGUAAAAUUAUGGUCACUGUUGAACAGAAAGAUACUGAAAGACAGAGAAGUUGAUGUUGCAGAAUUAGGGUCCGUGAAAGUCAGAAGGCGGCACUAGAAGUUGAUAGAUUUAUAAAGGUUAUUUAUAUUAUUAGACAGAGUGUUACAGCUGGCUUUUGAAACUCACACUUACAGUACAACAAUCAUUCAUUUUGGUCAGAAAAUGCAUCCCUUGUGAAAAAGAAGUACACUUUAGCAUACUUUAAAAAAAAGGACAUAAUAUAUUUAAAAAAUAUACUUAAGUGAACCUAACUGCAAGUUGAUUGCAAUUAAAUGAAAAGGUAUUAUAGUUUAAAUUUCUGUUAAACGUAAUUAGCUUAAAGGUGUCCUUGAUUAUGAUUUCACUUUUUUAACUUUUGUUAGUGUGUAAGAUUGCUGUUUGAGCAUAAACAACAUCUGUAAAGUUACGACGCUCAAAGUUGAAUUCAAAGGGAGAGAUAUUUUCCUUUACCGAAAUCACCUUUUAAGGACUACAACAAACGGCUGGUAGGGACUACAACGAGCUUCUUCCUGGGUUGGUGACAUUACAAACCCCAAAAUGUACAUAAACCCCGCCCCUGAGAACACACAACAAAGGGGGUGAGG